AUUUUUCAGUGGCGUGCGUCGUUUGUUCAAGUGUCACUUGACAGGUGACGUGUUUACUUUUUACGAUAAGGUUAUGUCUUAGCAAAUUUAUCUAAAAAAUGCUAAUGGUGAGCGUUACACAUUAAAUUAAUAGUAAAUAAUUUCGCCCUUUUUAGAAAUGGGUACCGCUGUUAGCAAAAAUUUUGAAUUGUCCACUAAUGAUUAUUUACUUAAAUUUGUGAGCAAUCAAGCGAUAUCGCAAAAUGACCCCUUUUGGAACAGACUGGUGGCUUUCAACAUUUCUCCACCAAUGACAAGUAAUGACCAGCUUGCAUUAGAGUCAAAAAUUGAAAACCUUUGUCAACUGUUGCUGAAAAAUAAUCACACCUCAGGAAAUUUAGGUUCAAUUAUUGACGUUUUUCUGUCUCGAGCCACUGAGCUUUUGACUGCCACCAACACUGACGCAAGCUUAUUUAUUUGGCAGUUAUUUAACAUAUUAUUUAUUAUUCGCUGCAUUAUUAAGUUUCUUUGUGAAACUGUGACCGAGGAGCAAUUAAUUGAGCAAAUUGAAGUAAAUGGCAGUGGGACAAGACUUGAAACUUUUAUCGACGCUCUAGUUAAAAUUAUCGUUGAUGUUGAAGUUAAAGACGCCACAUAUGGCAUACAUCUUGAGGCCAUUACUACACUUUUAAUAUUUCUAUCGGUGCAAUUACAUUCAGGGCGAAAGUCAGACCAAAGCAAUAUUUAUAGACUUAUAAUGAGGGGGAAGCACACAACACAUGCCCCUUUACUUAUCAAAUGUUUGCUAACUAAUUAUAUGAAACAGGCGAAGGUGCCUGUAGGGUUUGGGGCUAACACUGGUCACAGCCUUGUACUGGGAAUAGCAGCAGAAUUGUGGUCUAUUUUGACGUUCAGUAGAAAAUCUGAUGAAGUGUUGGUGUCUGAAACCAGCGAUUAUCAAGAUGUACCUUUAGCCACCCAGAGUUUGCUGCUGAUUUUAGUAUUAGUGCAUCAUUGGACCACAAAAAACAACCCGUAUAGGAAUAGUCUUUUUUUAUGUAUGAAUAGUGCCGACAAUAAUCCAAUAGCUCCAAUACAAGCAAAUAUUUUUUCAAGGAUAGAUUACAACGUCCUUUAUGAAACAAUUUGUAAAAAAGCGUCAGGGGACGUGACCACAUUAUUACUUUAUUUACUAAUUCAUAGAAAUGAUUCAUUUAGGGCUUUUCUUUUAAAUAGAACGGAUUUAGAUCACUUGAUUGUUCCAAUUUUGAAGACUUUAUAUAACGCCCCUAACAGCAACUCACAUCACAUCUACAUGUCACUUAUCAUUUUAUUGAUCCUGAGUGAAGACGAUUCUUUCAACAAAUUGAUUCAUGAAAUCAAAUUGAAAAAUAUUGUCUGGUAUACGGAGAGGACCCUAACUGAAGUCUCCUUAGGUGGUUUGUUGGUCCUGGUGGUGAUAAGAACAGUACAAUACAAUAUGCUAAAAAUGCGUGAUAAAUACCUACACACAAAUUGCUUGGCAGCUUUAGCGAAUAUGUCUGCCCAAUUCAGAGAUUUGCACCCUUAUGUUAGCCAACGUUUGGUUUCAUUGUUUGAGACUUUAGCAAAACGGUAUCAGAAAUUGUCAACCAAGUUCUUGAAUGGGAAAAGUGAAAAGAAUUCAGAGUAUGCCAUCACAGUGUCUCAAGACGGUGAAGAUAUGGAACAGGAUAUUACAGUUCUAGAAGAAGUCUUGCGGAUGGUUUUAGAAAUAUUCAAUUCGUGUCUUUCCAGUCACUUGGUCAAUAAUCCAAAUUUGGUUUACACGCUUUUGUAUAACAAACAUAUUUUUGAACCCUUUAAGGAAAAUGUUGCGUUUCAAGACAUACUUCAAAAUAUCGAAAUCAUUAUUAAAUAUUUUUCAAACUUGUUGGAUGAUAAAACGCAACAAAACGAAGUUGAUGCCUAUCAGGUGCUUAGUGUUAUUCAGCAAGGCGCAAAGCGUUGGCCUAAAGACAAAUUAAAGAAAUUUCCGCAUUUGAAAUUCAAAUAUGUGGAAGAAGAUCAACCAGAAGAGUUUUUCAUACCCUAUGUUUGGACUCUAGUUAGUCAGCAAUCUAUUCUGCAUUGGACUAACGAUAAUUCGCCACUAUUAGCGACUGUUUGCUAACAUUUUAAUGUAUUAUUAACAAUUAUUUAUUAUAUUAUUGUUUAAAUUG